GAACCGCACACGCUUCCAUUUCUCAGUCCCACUCCCAUGCGCGCGGCAGUUGGCCUGCAGCCUCUUGCCGAUACGCUUGUCAUUGUGUAAGAGUGAGUCAGCCGUUUCGCGCGCUUCAAAAUGUACAACGGCAUCGGCUUGACGACGCCGCGUGGCUCCGGCACUAACGGACACGUACAGCGUAACUUUGCUGUUGUGCGGAAACGCGAAAAAGUUAAUAACAAGGUCGAUCUCACAGCGGACACUGCUGAUCGUCAACCGAAUAAGGAAAUUUUAGAUCACGCCAGAAAACGGAAGCUGGAGGUUAAGUGCGCCGAAUACGCUGACAUUUUAGAGGAGCAAGGCUUUUCGCAAGAUGAAAUUGCUAUCAAGCUCGAAUCUUACCGAACGAUGCUGCAACUCAAGGACAAAGAGCUCGAGGAAGCGGAGAAAAGAAGCAGCGAACUCGUGCAAGAAACUCAUCAUCUCGCAGAAGCUAAUUUGAAGAAAAAUAGUUUGUUGCGCGAAGCUUUUGGCAUAUCUGCUCAUUUCGUGGACGGCACUAGUUUCGACCCCGAGAGACGUGAACGUGAGGCUCAAUUACGGGCUAUGGUUGAAAAGAAUAAGAACUAUCAACUCGUGCGCACACCAAGCCCGACUUCGGAACGCACAAGUGAUUUGGAAAAUUUGCAGAAAAAAGAAGAAAAAGCAGAGAAGAAAAAAGAGAAAAAAGAGAAAAAAGAACGUAAAAAGCAGAAAAAAGAGAAAAAAGAAUCGUCCAAAAGUAAAGAAAAAUCCGAGAAGUCGAAGAAGAAAAAGAGGGAGAGAAAACGGAAAGAAUCUGGUUCUAGUGACAGUGACUCGUCAACGCAGCUCGAGCGAAAGCCAAUUGGUACUUUGGAAGCGUUGAAAAAAUCAGAAAGAAGAGACGACAGGGUAGAAGACAAAAACAGAAGAGACGAAAGAAGAGGAGACAAAAACAGAAGCAGCAAGCAUAAAAUGGAUGAAAAAAAACCAUCAAGCGAGAAAAAACAAUCCGAAAAAUCAAAGAAGAGGAAAAAAUCGAAAAAAGUGAGUGAAUCGGAGUCCAGUGAUGAUUCAAGUGACGAUUCAAGUGACGAUUCAAGUGACGAUUCUAGUGAUGAGUCAAAUGACUCGUCACCUGGACGCGUACGUAAGCUAGCUCGCACUUCAGAGGAUCCAAGAGAUUCGAGAAAAUUAAAGAAACGAGAUGAAAGGGUAGAAGACAAAAAGCGAAGAAACGAAAGGGCAGAAGGCAGAAACAAAAGCAGUAAGCAUAAAAUGGACGAAAAAAAAUUAACAAGUGGUAAAAACAAAUCCAAAAAGAGAAAAAAAUCCGAAAAGUUAAGUGAAUCGGAGUCUAGUGAGGAUUCAAGUGACGAUUCAAGUGACAAUUCUAGUGACGAUUCAAGUGAUGAGUCAAGUAAGAGUGACUCAUCAGCUCGACGCGCACGAAAGCCACUUCGUUAUACAGAAGCAAGAGAUUUGAAAAAAUUGAAGAAAAGAGUUGAACGAGUAGAUGACAAAGAGAACCGAGACGAACGAAUAGACGACAGAAAAAGUCGAGACGAACGAGUAGGUGACAGUAAGCACAGAGAUGAAAGAGUGGACGAAAGAAAGAACCGAGGCGAACGAGUAGGUGACAGAAAGCACAGAGAUGAAAGAGUGGACGAAAGAAAGAACCGAGACGAACGAGUCGACGACAGAAAGAACCGAGACGAACGAGUUGACGACAGAAAGAACCGAGGUGAACGAGUAAACGACAGAAAGAACCGAGACGAACGAGUAGACGACAGAAAAAACCGAGACGAACGAGUAGACGACCGAAAGAGCCGAGACGGACGACUAGACGACAGAAAGAACCGAGACGAACGACUAGACGACAGAAAAAACCGAGACGAACGAGUAGACGACAGAAAAAACCGGGACGAACGAGUACACGAACGAGUAGAUGACAGAAAGAAACAAGACGAACCAGUAGACGACAGAAAGAGCCGAGACGGACGACUAGACGACAGAAAGAACCGGGACGAACGAGUACACGAACGAGUAGAUGACAGAAAGAAACAAGACGAACGAGUAGACGACAGAAAGAGCCGAGACGGACGACUAGACGACAGAAAGAACCGGGACGAACGAGUACACGAACGAGUAGAUGACAGAAAGAAACAAGACGAACGAGUAGACGACAGAAAGAGCCGAGACGGACGACUAGACGACAGAAAGAACCGGGACGAACGAGUACACGAACGAGUAGAUGACAGAAAUAACCGAGACGAACGAGUAGAUGACAGAAAGAACCGAGACGAACGAGUAUACGACAGAAAGAACCGAGACGAACGAGUAUACGACAGAAAGAAUCGAGACGAACGGAUAGAUGACAGAAAUGUAAGAGACGAACGACUAAAUGACAAAAAUAAAAGAGACGAACUAGUCGACAACGAAAAUGAAAGCUGUAAUCAUACGAAAAAUGAAAAAGAGUCAUCUGAGAAGAAAAAACAAGAGAAAAAACGAGACGAAUCAGACUCUAGCGAUGAUUCAAGUGACGACACGAGUGACGACACGACCGACGACACGAGUAACGAUUCGAGUGACACUUCAAGCGACAGCGACUCUUCUGUCGAUAGUAAAUCAAAAAAUCGACGUAUUGUUGAUAAUAAAAGAUCGCGAAGUGCAUCAAAAAAUGAAAAUCCGAAAAGUGAGAAAAAAUUAUCUGAUGAUUUAAAUGGUUAUGAUUCUUUUGAUCUUGAAAAACCAAAAAGACGAUGCACCGACGAUAAGAGGAGUUCAAGGAAGUAUUGAUAACUCGAUUUGCUAACUAGCAAAAUAAGCCUCGCUUUAUUGUGGCUCGAUUGAUAUGUUUCAACAUUAUUGACUUGUUCAUUAAAUAAAUAUUUUAGUAAAAUAUA